AUGUUGAUCACGUUCGCUUCGAUCCUUGCUUUCCUCGCUGCUGCCACGAUAGUCUCGGCACACGGCUACAUCGUUUCCUGGACCGUCAACGGCCAGACGAAGGCCGACCAAGGUCAUGCCGAUUACACAACCGGUAUCGUGGCUUGCGGGGGAAAAUCGGCAGGAACGGGCCUGCAGACGUGGGAUCUGGAUGCGGGGAGUACCGUCAUUGCGCAUUGGAAUCAGUGGCCUGCUGAUCAUUUGGGGUCCAUCGAUGAGUAUAUGGCAAAAUGCCCAGGUACGAGUUGCGACGGCGUCGCUGCUGAUUCGCUCGACUGGUUCAAGAUUGGCGAAGCGACCUAUGCUGCCGGCAAAUGGCCUACCGAGCUUCUGUCCGCUUCGAAAGAGUGGCCAUACAAAAUCCCUACGGAUCUGGCUCCUGGUCCGUAUCUGGUCAGACACGCACUUCUGGCAAUGCACGCUGCGACCAAACCCCAAAUGUAUCCCGUCUGUUCCCAGGCCAACCUCAAAGGCUCUAGGUCUGCCGCGCCGCCAUCCACCGUCAAGUUUCCGGCCGCGUACGAUAUCAAUCCCGACUUCAAGAUUCAUAGUCUGUGGGACGGGAAGGUAGCACCGGCGGAUUUUAAGCCGCCCGGACCGCCAGUGUACGGCGGUGGGGGUGGUAAUGGACCGGUCUCGAAGCCACCCGUCGCUGCCGGACCGAGUACCUCCACUGGAGGUGGAGCUGCUUCCGCUGUCGGGCAGAUCACAUCGUCGGUCGCAGGCAUUCUGACCUCUAGUACUGGCGCGGCUGUCGCCGGCGCUGCCGCGACAAGCACUGUUCUUCCUCCCGCGUCGUCUUCGUUGCCGGCUCCUGUCGCGUCCAAGAAGUCCUGCAAGAGGCGCAGAAAGAGGGAGAACGAGCGAUUCCCCAAACUAUGA